GACCUGUCAAACUUGUUACGUCGCUCGCCGCAUCUCCUCUCACUCUCGCUUCCCCUCACUCCCGUCCACGACCUGUGCCUCCCGUCCUCUCUCGCCGUUGCUUUUGUAGGCCGAUGAAUGUGACGCACGCUCGCCGCUGGGUCGGUUUUGGUGUGCUGGCCAGCACGGCAGUCUGCGCGCUGCUCUAUCUCGCCACUGCUCCUCCAGUGCCGCUCUCCGACCAACCGCUGCUGCCUGGCCCCACCGCGCCAUUCCCCGUGUCAUUCGUGUUAGACCAGCCAUCCAACGUCACAGGCAUUGGCGAGGUGCCUGGCGCGCGGUACCGUGCACUGGGCAGCAUGCAGUUUUCUGUCAAUCUCAUCCAAGCAGUCACGUCCCAAGCGUCCGGCUUGGAUGCUGGCGAGACCACAGUCGAUAUCGACGACGUUGGUGACGACAAGAUGGUCUAUUUUUACAUGGCAGGACACAUCCGGACGCUCUUCCAUACUGCGCCAAAGCUGCAAGCGUUCUUUGCAUCGGCUGGCGUUCCGUACCGCGUCUUCCAGCACACCUGGUCUGAAACAGACCACCACGAGCUGACAUGGUGGCACCACACUGGCGAAACCCCCACAAGCGCGCCGGUAGCAUACAAUACGACGCAUCCAGGACCCACCGAAACCUUCCUCUUGAACCUACAGCAGCCGUUUGUCAAGAACAUGGUGACCAUGGUGGAAGAUGACAGUGUUGUCACUGCAAGCGGACGCAUGCAUGUUGGUCGCACCAUUAUCGAGGGCAUCAAUCCGCGCAUCCUCGCAAGCUACUAUUACACGCUGCAAUACACGCACUCGUUGGCUCAGGAAUACAUCAAGCUGGCUGCCGGCCGCGACAUGGCGCCCAACGCCGUGAUUUUUCGAUUGCGCCCAGACUUGUCCAUCUUCCCAACCGACAUGGCGAAAGUCCGCGACAUGAUCCACCGCGACCCGAACCUGUUCUUUGGCACUUGCCACGGGCAGUCCGACAGCUGGCGCGAGUUUCGAAUGUCUGACUUGUUCUUUGCCACGUCGCGCCAGGUCAUGGACAAGAUUGUCGCCACGAAUAUUGUACAAUGGCUCGAGGAUAACGCCGAUAAUGUCGAGAUUCAAAAAGUCCCAGAGCGAUCGUUUCGGUUACUGUUGGAGCAGCUAGGUGUCAAGCUCAUGUGGAUUGACAGCGGAAUCACCAUUUGGCGCAGUCCCAGCAAGUCCCUCGAGCUUCCCUGCCCUGCUGGAUAGCUGAAGCCGAUCAUGCCGCCAAAAUCUGUUUCCUCGAGCCCACCGGGUCAUCGAGCAGCGCCCGUACGACCACUGCCCAAGUUUUUACUGCACGCUUGAGGGCAAUCCUCACGCUCUUGUUCUGACUCUUUAAAUUUGGUUGUUUGUAUUCAGUUUAGUGGAGAGCGGAGAAAAAGCGUCUGAAAAGUAAAACCUUAGAGAAGAUGAGGGACAAAACCCGCAGAAACGAGGAAGAGAAAAGUCAGAACAAGCAGGUACAAAACCCGCAAAUACGAGGAUCCAAAAAGCUUUAAGAGAGUCAAAAACAACCUGAUUGCUAGGUCACUCCUUUUCAUGUGCCGCGUUUGACGUUGAGCGAAACCACCAACUGGCAAUCGAAACAAAAUCGAAACCAAAUCGAAAACGCACUUCCUACCUCCUGUCUUUCUCGUGCUAUGACCAAGGAUACCUCCAGCUUGGGUGAGCGUCACACCAAGACGCACU